GGCCGUCGAGGAUCUCUGGGCGAAAGCACGAGAAAAGGCGAGAAGAGGCAUUUACAUCCACUGUUUCCUGAGCUUCAAAGGGUCGACAUCCACCCCGACGCUCGAAUAGGGGAAGGGGUGUUGCUCGAUCACGCCACCGGAGUGGUGAUUGGGGAGACAACAGAGGUCGGGAACGAUGUCUCGAUUCUGCAAAACGUGAUGCUUCGUGGGACCGGGUAG